AUGCCUAUUUUUUGUGUUUCCGAAGCAGAGAAGGAUACAGAGCAGGUGAAUUUCAGCGAUCCAUUCUUGACAGGGCCUCGACUCCAUUUCGCGUUGGAUUUGGAUAAGGGAGACGCUGGAAGGAUUAAUUUCGGGAAAUCGGUACUGAAGGUGAGAGAUUCCCCGACGGUGAAUUACGGUGGCUGCGGCAAUGGUGGGAGGAGGACUUUCCGACGAACGGAGAUUUUCGCGGGAGAGGAUUACAGCAGGAUGGAAGUGGUGUGCCUGUACGAAUCGCUUAGUUUGCCAAUCGGGUGA